AUGGCAGAUACAUUCAUCCAGCGCCGGAUUUCAUUGAGGACUAACCUGCUGCGAGGGUUCAUACAAAGGCUCACCUUGCGAGGCCCAGAGCCUGACCCCGAUGAGAGUGCAACUCAAGAACAUGUGCCAUCUCCGACGGCAGCAGGAUUCCCUGUGUGCUUUGCCGUCGAUGUAUCCGGUAGUACAGAAGGAUGUGUCCUGAGGAUGGAGCAGGAAGCCAUCAUCGCAAUCAGCACUGCCCUCGGCAAAACCACACAAUAUUCGAUGAGCCGGUCAUCCAUCCUCCCGUGGUAUGACAAGGCAUACGGCAGGCUCCCGCUGAAGGACGUAAAGGACCUUAUCUCGUUUGGAGGGACAGUCCCCGCAGCCAUAUUCCGUGACCGCAAAUAUAGAAGCUAUCUCCAGCAGGCCGGACUGUGGGUGCUCAUAACUGAUGGGCAAAUUGACCAGUCCGACGUCCGGGACUUCUCUAAUUCGAUUCUAGAAGCUGGAGUUCAUGGCACUGCGUGUGUGAUAAUUGCAUUUGGGUACCAAGGAUGGUCCCCUUUUCAAUGCAAUGUCUCUGUGGGCAUAUCUGUAUUUGCCGUUGCUCCGCAUUGCCUAUUCCUCUAUCAUGCUAUUCACGAGAACAAGACCUACGUCAUUCAGGCCAAGGGGUGCUUUCAAGAACUCCUACCAGAUGAUAAACGUUUCAUCUUGUUCAAUGAGUCAACACGUUGGGAUGACCUUCACAGCAUUAGAUAUGACGAGUUGGCUAGGGUUCAAGUGCCUCAGCCUGCGAAACUAUCGAGAGAUUCUGUCUUACUCCCGAACGGAAAGAUAUUCGAUAUGCGAACGAUAUACAACAACAAGGUCUCGAAUGAUGACACAUUAGAGCUUCUGUCAGAUCCUGCCUCUCUUGAUGUCAUUUUGCUGGCAGCCAAUACCAGAGGGACUGGUUAUCUGAUCGAAGCUUGGCUGGAGAAGAUUCGGAAAAAGCACAGGCUCGCCGCUUCCAAGUCAUUCGAUCGUGAAGAAGUCAUUGAACGUGAAGACAUUGGGUGCAUAGGGCUGCUUCAGCUCACCACACUCAUCGUCUACGCUACCAAUGGGGCGGAUGAAGAUAACUUCUGGGACGUGUUGCGAAGCCAGUGCCUGUCUCAAGAUCAAGCACUUCAGGACCUGAAAUCAAGUCUUUGCUAUCGGCACCAGCUCAACUGGAACAAAUUUCAAUUUAACAUGAACGCAAGAUAUCAGCUAUUGUCUAAAAUACAGAACCAGGUUGAUGGUGCCUUAAGUACGAUAUCGCACAUUGAGAGCGGCAUGGCUGCCCCAUCCCCAGCCUUACUCACACCAAUGUCUUCCCUUCCACGAAAUUUGGAACAGAAUGCCACCUCUUUACAUUCGAUCAGGCCCGGCUCGGAGCAUGAUUGGUCAAGUUUGAGCUGCUCUAUUGGACCUUCCCAUACAGACCGCCUCGGUCCGUUCUCAACUGAGCCGUCCCCAAUGAUCGUGGGAACCUACGAUGAGCCUAGUCCCCAGGUGGAUAUCAGUACUAUCACAUUCUUGCCGGAAUUCAAGACUCGAGAUAUUUCUGGGAUGUCUGAUUACGAUAUGGGCCAUCCACCGGCCUACGACAAAUGUUUGCUCUGCGAUAGACCUGGAUUGAUCCAGACUCUGCUUUUCCGUUCUAGGUCUACAGUGCAGUCGACACGCGGCUUGCCUGCUCCGGAUAGUCGUUCAGGACAUAAAUUCCCUCUUGUUUUGGGGAAUUACGCUGAAACGGACGUCAUUGCCCCUAUCAUCACCUGCGACGGUUGUGCCUUUUUGUUCCAGCAAGUCAAGCAACUUCCAAACGGAGGAGGCUCGGUCGCCGCCUGUUUACCAUUGGUUCCCCUUAAAUUGAUUGAGAACCGCUCUAAAUGGGUUGAAGUCCUCAGCGAAGUAUAUGAGCAGCUUUAG